AUGACAACAUCACCCACCAAUCUCGAUUUUGGCCAUGUGCCUUUCUUGGACUUGGCCUACGACAACAAUGAAUCGCAGGACUCGGCUCGAAAGCUCAUCCUGACACUCAUGCCAGACUGGGCGAGCCGAGAUUCAAACGUUGAAUUUGUGCGUUUUACUGAUGGCAUCACCAAUACUCUGCUGAAAGCCGUCAAUCACCGUCCUGGCAUGUCCAAGCUUGAUGUUGACAGGGAUGCUAUCCUGCUCAGAGCCUACGGUCAUGGAACUGCCGUUCUCAUUGACCGUGAACGUGAGGCUGAGAACCAUGAGCUGCUCAUGAAAUAUGGUCUUGCUACUCAGUUGCUUGCCCGUUUCAAGAAUGGCAUGAUGUACCGUUAUCUCCUGGGUAAACCUGCACGUGCCCAGGAUCUUCGUGAACCUCUAAUACUGUCUGCCAUCGCUCGUCGUCUUGCACACUGGCACGCAACUGUACCUUGCUUGCCGGACCCCAACCAUAGUCGGGACGAUAGGCAUGUAAAUGGCGAGACCAAACUCAAUGGGCUUGCCAAUGGUGAUACCCAGACCAAGGGGAGUACCAACGGUAUUAUGAACGAAAACAACAAGUCUCGCCAAGAACAGAUUGAUAAUGCAGCCCCUGGAAAAGCUCCGCCUAAUAUGUGGACAACCAUGCAGAAAUGGAUUUUCGCCUUGCCCACUGAUACGGACGCUCAGCGACAGAGGCAAGCACUGCUGCAGGCGGAGUUGGAAGAGAUGGUCCAGAAACUGAGCCAGCGGCCUGGCUUGGGCAAGAACGGGCUUGUAUUUGCGCACUGCGACCUUCUGUGUGCCAACGUUAUCAUCCACGAAGACGAUGAGGCGGCUCCUACCGUCGACUUCAUCGAUUACGAGUAUGCUACACCAUCGCCUGCGGCUUUUGACGUGGCGAACCACUUUGCAGAGUGGGCAGGAUAUGACUGUGACUACUCGGCUGUACCCAGACAGGAUCAACGACUUGCAUUUGUGAGGGAGUACAUCAAAUCUUACUUUUCUUUAACCGGCGAGGAGGUCGAUGAAGAGGAAGAGGUUCGGAAACUCAUGACCGAGGUCGAUGCGUACCGAGGAGUGCCAGGGUUUUACUGGGGUAUCUGGUCCCAAAUCCAAGCUGUCAUUUCCAAGAUUGACUUUGACUACGCUCAAUAUGCUGAACUGCGAUUGAGUGAAUACUGGGCAUACAAGGGCGAGGAGGAUGGCAGCCGAAAAGCUUCAGGCCAAGAAAUGCCAUUGAGGGAAAAGACUUGGUGGCGCACCGAGUAG